GGACGCAGCAGCUUUUUGACAAAGUCUGUCUCAAGGACAAUAUCCUUCAAUGCCGCUUUCAGAAGGCUUGCUUCUACGAAGUCGCUCAAAGAAACGCUUCAAGAAGUCAUUCCAGCUAAGCAGGAACAGCUCAAGAAGUUGAAAGCUGAACACAGUCAAACUGUAGUAGGAGAUGUAAAGGUUGAAAAUAUACUCGGUGGAAUGAGAGGCCUCAAAGCCAUGCUUUGGGAGGCCUCUGUUCUGGACCCCAACGAGGGCAUUCGUUUUCAUGGCUUAACCAUUCCAGACUGUCAAAAAGUUCUUCCUUCUGCACCCGGAGGUAAAGAAAUGACGGCGGAGAGUAUGCUUUGGCUUCUGCUCACUGGCCAGGUUCCUUCUCCUGAACAAAGUCGCCAGCUUUCUGCCGAGCUGGCGGAGAAGGGCGAGUUGCCUGAUUUCGUUGCGAAACUCAUUGACUCUUUGCCCAAUACCCUUCACCCCAUGACCCAGCUUGGCAUGGGUGUGGCUGCAUUGAAUCAUGACAGUGCUUUCCAGGCGGCUUACGAACGAGGCAUCAAGAAAAGCGAUUAUUGGACUCAUACUCUAGAGGACUGUAUCAACCUCAUUGCACGUUUACCCGCCCUUGCAGCGCGCAUAUACCGCAAUGUUUAUCACCCUGAGAACUCGCUCCUCCCCGUUGACAAGAAUCUGGAUCUUGUUGGAAACUAUUCCAAUAUGCUCGGCUUUGGACACAAUGAACAUCUUACGGAAUAUCUUCGCCUUUAUAUUGCCCUUCAUGGUGAUCACGAAGGUGGCAAUGCCUCGGCUCACACUGCACACCUCGUCGGAUCUACACUUUCAGACCCCUACAUUUCCUACUCUGCUGCGUUGUUCGCCCUCGCUGGGCCACUCCACGGUCUUGCCAACCAGGAAGUACUACGAUGGCAGUUGGCAAUGCAGAAGGAAAUUGGAAAUGAAGUCUCCCACGACAAGAUCAAGGAUUACCUCUGGAAGACGCUAAAGAGUGGCCAGGUCGUGCCAGGUUACGGUCACGGUGUUCUAAGAAAUCCCGAUCCGCGGUUCAUUGCGCUUCAAGAAUUCUGCAAGUCCCGACCGGAACUUCAAUCAAGCCCUAUCAUCCAGCUUGUGCAACAAACUGCUGAAGUAGCACCCGACGUGUUGAAAGAACAUGGCAAGACCAAGAACCCGUACCCCAAUGUUGACGCGACAUCCGGCUGCGUACUGCACCACUAUGGUCUUACAGAAUUUAAGUACUACACUGUUAUUUUCGGUGUAUCUAGAGCUUUGGGAGCUUUGACGCAACUUGUGUGGGCAAGAGCUCUUGGACUACCCCUGGAGAGACCAAAAUCAUAUUCCAUGGAUGCUCUUGAGAAACUCAUCAAGAGUUCCUAGACAAAGGGGACUCGAUGAUCUAUUUAUGUUCAGGGUUCCUCAUGGCAGUGAUGUAGGAGUUGCAUAGACGUUUCACAUACUAGUAAUAAAUAUCAUUAUGCCUUAUAUUCGGAAUUAAAUGUUUAGAAUUAGUGGUGCUAAAUUUAUGCAUUGCAUUCGAAGUACUGGCUGCUGAUACCUUACAUCCACAAAAGAAAAGUAAAAACAUGGCAAAGGUAAGGCGACUCAUACGAGUUCGUUACAGUAAGAAAACGAGAACCAGAAAUAAUAAAGGACAAGAAAAAGACAUUCUUGAAUCAAAUACAGCGGAAGUCUCACAAUAAGUACCGAACCAUGAAAGAGUCCACCAAAAUACACAAACGCUCAGGGAAAAGAAUAGCACGGCCGCCUACCCUGAGUAACUACAACGUAUAACCCUCGGUGAAUGAUAAAUCAGAAACGAGAGGCAAAGACAUUAUCCACAAAGAAUGAAUCUCAAUUACGAAUCCAGCACCACAUAUGAAAUUCCUAUUUCUCAAAAACGUCCAGGCUGGCCCUGCCGCUGAGGGGGGAACUGCUGAGGAUGCGGUUGCAUCUGCUGUGGUUGCAUCUGUUGUGGCGGUGGGCGGCCAGCAUACAUGCCUGGGGGUACAGGCCCCGGCCC